AUGAAGCUCGAAGAUAUCGAAAAAGCCGACAGCUCGAGUACUCUCGAGUGUCCGAGCCAGUCUUACCUCGACAAAACCGCCUCGAAUAGCUUCUCUAAUGACUCCGUCGAAAAGCCUGACCUCGUGCCGCAAUCAAGAUGGCAACGAUGGAUUGCAAGCUUGAAAAAUGUGGAGAGCAGCGGAAUCGAGCCCGUUCCUAUCAACAAACGAGAGCCAAUAACGCCUUCAACCAUACUUCAUAUGCUGUUAAUGUGGUUUAGCAUGACAUUGGCUACAAAUAAUAUCAUUGUUGGAUCAAUGGGUACGCUCGUCUUAGGCCUCAGCUACAGGGAUGCGGCCCUCUGUGCUGUAUUUGGAUGUUUAGCCGGCAAUUUCACGGUUGGCUUUAUAAGUAUAUGGGGACCGAAGAGCGGAAACAGGACUUUGAUCGUGGCCCGAUAUUUCAUGGGUUAUUACCCCAGCAAAGUUUGCAUUAUCCUAAACCUCUUCACCAAUAUCGGGUACAGUAUGGUAAACAGCGUCGUCGGUGGCCAGAUUUUGUCCGUGGUCUCUGGUGGGCAUCUUUCCGUGAUAGUGGGCAUUAUCAUCAUCGCCGUUUCCAGCUGGGUUAUGGCUCUGUUUGGGAUGAAAAUCUUCCAAUUAUAUGAGCGAGUUGCCUGGUUGCCACAGCUGCUGGUGAUAUGCGUGAUGGUGGGCUCAGCAGGGCCAAAUUUCGACUUCAACAUCCAGACACCAAUGUCGACAGAGCAACUAAUGGCCAAAAGACUUACCUUCUUCUCCCUGGCCUUGUCCAUUCCUCUCGCCUGGGCCCCGCUCGCCGCCGAUUACUAUGUCUAUCUCCCGCCGCAGAUGAAGAGCUCCCGGAUAUUCCUAGCCACAGUCUUCGCCGCCACUAGUGCCAUGUCGAUUGUUUUCCUCAUGGGCAUCGGACUCGGAACCGUUAUCGCCAGCUCGGCACAUCUUGCGGCCAAGUACGGCAGCAGUCCCGGAGGCGUGCUGAUGACAGCAUACGACGGUCUCGGGGGGUUCGGGAAAUUCUGUGCUGUUAUCAAUGUCCUCGCCUUGGUUGCUAAUAACACUCCCGGGGCGUACUCGAUGGGAAUGAACCUCCAGAUGAUUGGCGGGAUAUUUGGAAAGGUUCACCGACCGGUCUGGACGACUCUCGCUACGGUUAUCUAUGCUGCAUGUGCGAUGGGAGGCCGGGACCAGCUGUACGAGGUGUUCAAGUCUUUCCUGCCUCUGAUUGGAUACUGGGUCAUGAUGUUCGUUGUGAUUGUCUUCGAGGAACACAUGAUUUUCCGUCGAAAUAGAGGCUAUGACUGGUCUCAGUGGAACUGUCGCGAUAAAUUGCCGUUGGGGAUUGCAGCAGGAGUUGCUUUCCUUAUCGGUUGGGCUGGUGCAAUUGUCGGCAUGUCUCAGGCGUAUUAUAUCGGCCCCAUCGCGCAGAUGGCUGGCGGAGCUGAUCUGGGUCUCUGGUUGGGUGCGGGCUUCACUAUGCUGUUUUUCCCACCGUUGCGGGCUUUCGAGCUCAAAUUGAUUGGUCGCUAG